AUGGGCCUAAACAUAGAAACUAUUUAUUCAAAUUACACAGGGGCCUUCAAUUAUCCUUCUUUAUGGAUCCAUGCUGAAUUCAAUUUUCUUACGCGGGGUCAAUUCAACCCACAGGAUCCAAAUUCAUACCAACCGGUCAAUUCGAAGCUUGAAAAGUCAAAAAUGAAGAGAAUAAGUUAUGGGUUCUUGAUUUUGCUGUUUCUUUUUCACCUGCAAAUCCACUUCUCCUCUGGAAAAAAUGCUGGAGUAUGUAUUUCUAAAGGUGGUCGCUUUCCUCCAUAUUCAUCGGAAGGGAAACCUCCGAGAAAGGUAGGCAAGGGUGCCAAAGAUUUGACCCUCUGCAGGUUGUUUCGGAAAAAGACUUGCUGUGAUGUAGCUCAGACGUAUCCUGCUUCGAUGUCUGUUAGGAGGCUGGCUUCAACAGGAGAAGCCACCCAGGAGUGCUUACAAUUAUGGGAAUUGUUGGAAUGUUCAAUUUGUGAUCCCCAAAUUGGUGUUCAGCCUGGGCCUCCUCUUAUAUGCGCCUCUUUUUGUGACAGAGUCUAUCAAGCUUGUGCCAAUGCUUACUUCUCGAUGGAUGCAAAUAAACGGGUUGUAGCACCAUGUGGAGUAAAUGACUUUGUUUGUGGACAUGCUGCUGAAAUGGUUUCCAAUGGCACAGAGCUUUGCCAUGCUGCAGGUUUUGCUGUUAAGCUGUCUGAUGAUGCAUAUGUUGGUGCAGAAGAGGCAUCUUGCUAUGGUGGUAUAGCCAGUCUUGAUUCUAUUUCUGAUUCAUGGAGGUCUCCAAGAUCUGAGUUUCCCCAGAAAGCUGAGAAUCUAGGGGUCUUAGAAGAUUUCCAGCAGUGGGUGCAGGAAAUGCCGUUCAGUGAAAAAGUUUCUUGGGCAGUAGGAGGGUUAGUUCUUACUGCAGGCCUCUUGUUUAUGAGUAAAAGGAAGAGUCAUAGUCAGCGCCAAAAGCUUGCAGCUAUUCAAAGAACAGCAAGGAGACUGGACGGCAAGAUGAGCCCAAAUUCUCCUGGUAGUUUAGUAAAUAGGAAAGGAAAUCGAAGAUGA